GUACAAUUAUCGCACCGACUGUUUUCAAACGGCUAAAAAUAAUAUCAGCAUACAGCCCGUAUUGUCCACAAACUUUGGCGGAGUUCGCUGCCGUCGCUGACACGUUGUUUAGGAGGCCAGCUGGUGUAUUUGUAAAAGUAGUAGAGCACUUUGGCUGGCUGCGUUUACUUUUUGUCUGUUUUUAAUUUGACGUGUAGCCGCUAGCUUACGGUGAGAAGCAGACCUGAGCAGCUCGACUCGGAGUCUUGCUCAGAGGAUGGACAGCGAAAUUCAACGAGACGGGAGAGUGCUGGACCUCACGGAUGAUGCCUGGAGAGAAGACAGGCUGCCGUAUGAAGAUGUCACCAUCCCCUUGAGUGAACUGCCCGAGGCUGAGCAGGACAAUGGAGGAUCUACAGAGUCAGUGAAGGAACAAGAGAUGAAGUGGACAGACCUCGCCCUGCAGAGCCUGCACGAAAACACACCGAGCACUGGAAGCUGAGAGACUAAUCUGAGAUCGGACUGUAAAAAUGCAAAAAGACGCAAACAUGCUGACACUGCAUUCAGACACAUGUACAUGAUUGUAUCUGGACAGAUUUGCGGUAUGUUACACCUGAACAAUAAAGAUGCACAAAUGUUUUGAUAAUUUGUAGUAAGA